UUCGCGUCCACCCUUUCACCAACUCUACCCUCCUCCAGUCACUUCCUUUUCCAUGGUCCAACACAUUAAGUGCUAAUGCUGUCUUUUGUUUUUCACCUUCAUUUUUUGUGUUCCUCUUCAACUUGAUCCAACCUUGCACUCAUAUUUUCUGCUCACAACAACUAAGCAGUUCACACUACAGGAAGGGUUGUCUUGUCGGGUUGUGGUUCUAAUAUUGUUUCAUAUUGGUAUAUAUGGUCUUUCUCUGUACCCCAUUUCCAAGAGGAAGAGAGAGAAGAGAAGAACAUGAAAAUUCAGUGUGAUGUGUGUGAGAAAGCCCCGGCAACUGUGAUUUGUUGCGCAGAUGAGGCAGCUUUGUGUGCCAAAUGUGACGUGGAAGUUCAUGCUGCUAACAAGCUUGCAAGCAAGCACCAAAGGCUUCUCCUUCAAUGUUUAUCAAACAAGCUUCCCAGAUGUGACAUAUGUCAAGAUAAGGCAGCUUUUAUAUUUUGUGUUGAGGACAGAGCACUGUUCUGCAAAGAGUGUGACGAACCGAUUCAUGUAGCUGGUAGCCUUUCUGCAAACCACCAGCGCUUCCUUGCUACUGGUAUCAGGGUGGCGUUGGGUUCUAAAUGCACCAAAAGCAAUGAAAAGGGUAACGUGGAACCAUCUAAUCCAAAUGCACAACAAGUUCCUGUUAAACUUCCUUCUCACCAAGUGCCUAGCUUCACAUCCUCUUGGGUUGUUGAUGACUUGUUGGAAUUAGCAGACUUCGAAUCACCACACAAAAAGCAAUCCCUGGAGUUUGGAGAGCUUGAAUGGCUUACAGAUGUGGGGCUUUUCAGUGAACAAAUUCCUCAAGAAGCUUUAGCAGCGGCUGAAGUUCCUCAGCUUCCAGUGACACAUGCUAGCAGUGUUGCCUUACACAAAAUCCCUAAAUCCGUUAUGUCUUUCAAAAAGCCUAGGGUUGAAGUCCUGGAUGAAGAUGACGAUGAGUACUUCACUGUACCUGAUCUUGGUUAAAGCCUAAAGCACAUGUCCAUGUAGACAAUUACAUAAAUUUGUAGGAUGAUGAAUUGUAUAUGCACACUAGGUAGAGAUGAUGAAACACUUCAAUGUGCCUGUUCUUGGAUGAAGCACCUGAACAUGAGGACUAUAUUGCAUAAGUAUGUAGAUUGAUGAGUUGCAUAUGCAUACUUCUUCUAGUUGUGUGGAAUUGAUAAAUAUAUCAUUUUCAAGAGUUUGGAAUGGUUCGAUCUUGGAAUAGCGUGUAGAUUAAAUUUUCCUCGAUCUAUGUGAUCAUUUUAAUAUUCUA